AUGUCGACGACCUUGACAAAGGGCGCCUCCGCCCAGCCGCCCGCCCCCAAGGCCGCCGUCCCCGUGGUUCCGCUCCUCAACAGCCCGAUCGCCGUCCCUGCCUCCAUCGCGCACCCGUUACUACUCGCAGGCCUGUUCGCCUGGCGAUUCGAGGCCCUGGUGGCCGACCCCGUGUCCACGCUGCAAACGGCCUUGCCCGUCGUCGCGGUCAUCCAGGCGACCUAUGCGACGCUAUGUCUCCCAGCCGCGGGGUCUUCGGGCGCAAAGGCGUCUAAGAAGCCGCGUCUUGGGGAGAAGAAAAAGACGUUUGCGGCACCAAACCACAUUGCUAACGCAGUUAUUUCCCUCCUCCUCGUCGCGAUGUUAACGCCCGCCCUCCACGUCCUCUUCGUUCUCUUUGGCGCUCCGUUCCUUACUCAUAUCGCCCACACCUUUCUCUGCUGCGCGCACUUCGCCGUCCUCGCCAUAUUCCCCAUCUUCUACGUCCGCGGCUCCGACCCCGUAGCGCUGCAGGCCGUGCUAGGAGCCUCGGCUCCGUUGGACCAGACGUUUGGUGGUUUGGCAGGCGCCACCAUCGGUGCGUGGCUGGGCGCCGUACCCAUCCCGCUCGACUGGGACCGCGAGUGGCAGAAGUGGCCCGUCACCAUCGUGGUCGGCGCCUAUUUGGGGUAUAUCGUCGGGUCCAAGGUUCUGGGCACCGCCUUCUACGGCAAGCGAUGGGCGACCUCUGGGCCCAAGGAGGAAUAG